AAAAAUUUAAAAAAGCAAAAGAACAUUUAGAAAAUGAAUAUGAAAUAGUGAAUGGAUUUAUUUCACCAUAUUCAGAAAAACAUGUUAAUUCAAAAUUUUAUGAAGAGGCAAUACCAUUACAUCACAGAUUAGAAAUGAUCAAGAUAAUUAUAAAAAAUUUAUCUUGGAUAAAACUUGAUGAAUAUGAAUCAUCAUCAGAAAAAAAUAUUUACAAAUCUCAUGAAAUUAUUCAUAAUUUAUCUAACCUUUUAAAUAAAGAAGCAAAAAAACCUAUUAAAGUAUUUUAUUUUUGUGAAGCAAACCAAAUUAUAGAUGAAGAAAUUAAACCAACUCAUUUAGACAAUUAUGGGUUAAUAAUAAUUGAAGGAUAUCAUAAAGAAAAAGACAAAGAUCCAGAUUGGAAAGAAAAAUGUAAAGAAACAAUAGGCAAACUAUAUGACAAAAAUAUAUGGGAAAGAUUCCAAAAAGAAUUAAUUUUCAGGAAUUAUAAUGAAUCUACAAUUAGUUCGGAAAUGAUUAGAAAAAUGAUAAUGAAUAACGAUGAAAAUUGGAAAGAAUAUUAUUCAAAAGAAAUGGUGACCUAUAUAGAAAACAACAAAAAGGAUUUUUUUAAAACCAUUUAG